UUUUCACAAGAGGCGAUGCUGCAUCUUUUCACUGGAAUAUUUAUUUUUCUUCCCAUUUAUGAGUUCAAACUAAUGUCACAGGGUUGUAGGAACCUUCUCAAAGCAAAGAAACAAAAAUGUGUCAUCCAACAUGACGCUGGGUUUCUAAUUUAUACAAUCGUAAGCAGUCAAAACAUCUUCUGGCCUCUCCUGGUGCUAACUACCUCACACUCUACCACCCAACUGGAACAGCGUCUUGAAUGCCUUAAUGCCAGCGCUCAUAACCAUGGCAAACUGAUCUGCCAUGGCAACAGUGUUUCUUUUCCACACCUGCUAGUUCAGGUGAUCACAAGACCUUCAAACUGUCACUCCAGGUAGUGUCCCAAGUUUUAGACCUGCAUCGAUCAGAUCGGUCACCAUGAAAUCUGUUGCUGGUCUCGCUUUGUUGCUGGUGAAUGUGCGUUUGAGCCAUUCUUGUUUCGUAGAGGGACCAAUUUUAUUCUGCCUGGAUAUACCGCCAGCUUUCAGGCCUGGUUAUUCAUCUCUGGUGAUGGUUCUGAAGGAUGUUGGGGAGAUAAACUCCACUGUGUUACGCAGCGACAACCUCUCCUCUGUAACCAGGCUCAGGCUCGAGAACGCUGGUGUUACAGGAAUCGCUGAAGGGGCCUUCAGUUCUUUCCAGAACCUGACAAAUCUCAGUUUAAACCAGAACUUGCUGACAGAAAUGAACCCAAACUGGUUCGGUCGGCCCGAUAUCCUCAGUGAGCUCACCCUCACAAAAAAUCUAAUAAAAGUUCUGAAUGAGUCCAUGCUUAACGGGCUCGUAAACCUCACAACGCUCAGUCUGAAUAGGAACAGGAUCACAACAAUUGAUCCAAAUAGUUUUAGCUCCCAGACCAUCUUGGCUGACUUGGACUUGUCUGAGAACAGAAUGACUCGGGUCUCACCUCAGGUCUUCAGGUCUCUCAGGUCCACCAGGAUCAGACUAGAUGGGAACCCCUGGGAUUGCUCCUGUGGAGCUGAAGACUUCGUUGACUUCCUAAAAGAUCUACAGAGCAGAUCUCUGCUGGACAGACAGAUGGAGGUGACCUGCCAGAGUCCUCCAUCUCUGAGGGGUCGACCUGUGUGGAACGUGUCUGUGUGUGUGACGUCACUUCCACCGAGUCCAACGUCAGUGACACAAACUGUCCACCCCAAACCCACAACAGUCCCUGCACUCCUAGCAACGCCUCCAGCACGACCAGCAUCAGAGGCAAAAACCUCUGUCCAACCCAGACCCACUGAUAUCUUUACAACGGUCACUACACCUACUUUAAAGACUGCAACUUAUGUGACAUCACCACCAUCAGUGACGGAGAUCUCUGUCCAUCCUAAACCCUCUGUCCUGCCCUCAACCAUAUCUCCACCUACUGGAAUGACUGAAACUUGUGCGACAUCACGACCAUCAUCAGAUGCAAAUAUUGUCUGCACACUCGUUGUUGUGAUAGUGGUCCUGUCUUUGCUCCUGUUUGCGGCGUGUUUCCUGGUGGUGCUGCAUAGGAGGAAACGCAACAACAAAGCUGUGAUGCCUGGACGUCCAAACGAAAACAGAAAUGAGUUGAAAGAAGACAGCAGCAGCAGCAGCUCGAGUCACGCUCAGUCUCCAGCACACUCUGAGAAAGGAGACUUCACUGAAAACAAUCACCGGGACUCAGAGAUGGGAUGGAGGAGAUCCUUUAAUGGAGUCAGAGCUAAGUCCGCUAAUGCUGUUCUCUUUAUGUCUCCUUUUUGUGCACCUGUGAAAGAUCAAGUGACUCUACAAAAUGAGACACAGGCCCAAUCGAAAGACACAGAAAACCAACCUGAAGGAAAGCAGAAACUGGGGAAUGAAUCUGAAGCAGAUGGAGGAAUUGAGACAGAAAAUCUAACAAACAUCACUGAUGUAAAUGCCGAACAAGCCGCUGAUGGUAGAAAUCUAGAUAAAGACCCCCGCCGUGUUUCUGUCAACACUGACGCUGCGCCUUAUCUGAGCAUCGGUACAAACCAGAAUAAACCCAAUCCAGAUGAUUUCAACCAACAGUCCACUGACGGUUCAGGUCAAAGAUCACAGACGGGAAAAGUCAUGGGGAGGAUCUCCACCUGGCCACUGACUGCAAUUCAGUGGCAGGCAAAAUGUAAAAUGGAGGAAGAGGAGGGGUGUGAUGUCCUCACUGUUUGGACACCAAAGUUUCCAGGUGAGGGGAAGAAAGUGUUAAACAAAGUGGAGCAUCCCUCCGGUUCUGACCGGGACGAAAAGGAAGAGGAAAUUGAGAAAAAUCAAAUAGAAGAUUCCCUAAAAAUGAAUGUAGCUCACAUGAAAUUGGGACACACUCAGUCCUCAAAACCAAAUGACAAGAGCACUUCUUUCAGUGAGGCUCAUGCCUGCACUGUCACAAGACUAGAGGAGCAGUUAAAGGAGGAGGAGAUGAUCCAGGACCCUGCCACAGUGAGACAGACAAUUAGUGAAACCCAAAAUCUGAAUCAGGAAAAACUUGCAGAAACUCCUGCGCACAAAAACAUCAAUAAGAGCAGCAACAAGGCAGAACUGAGAAAUGAAGCAAAGCGAGCUGCGACAGGCAGACAGAGGGCAGAGAACAGGAGCACUGGCUCAAAGGCUCCCUCUGGUGGAGCCUCGCCAGAUGAUAAAACACUGCUGUCCGGCAACGUGUACGCCUUGGACCUGCUGCAUGAAGUCGUGCAGAACAACGGCCGCUGGACCAGAGAGAGGUGGAAGCAGAUGCAUGUCAACAAGCGGCGGCGUUAGGACAGAGGUACCGAAGAAGUUUAAAGUUACCUACACAUAACACGACAUACAAUAUUGUAGUUUUAUUCUGUCACUCUUUAAGUAAAUUGAUUUAUUUUACAUGCUGCUGCAGUUAAAAAUGAUCUUUGUGUAAGAUAAAGUCAACACUUAAAGGAAAUACACUUAUUCGCUUCCUUGGCCAGAGUUAGAUGAAGAGACCGAUAUUGCUCUCGUCUGUUAAUUAAAGGGACACUCCAGCGAUUUUAGUUUUAUGGCACUUCCGUAAAGGUGAGGGACUCAAACGAGACACAUUAAGAAAAGAAUGGUCAAACCUGUGCAGCAGAGGCCGAGAUAUCCUGACUUUUAGUCGAUAGUUUGGGUCAAGCUCCAAAAACACUGGCUCCUACAUUUCCCAUAAUGCAACAUAGCAUCUUACAUUAGACCUUCCCCCUGCCUCCCAAUGCUGCAUUCAUGCUAGUGCUGGGAGGUGUGCGUGUUAAUAUUAAGUUGAAGGCUACAUAAAGCUGAUAACUUAUGAAAUUAAAGAAGUGUUUUACUUGACUUUUACUUGAAAAUUACCUGGAGACGAUAAAAGAUGGAAAUCAAAAUGCAAAACAAUUAUUAACAAUAACAUGCACUAAAAGUUGUCUAACUAUCAACCAAACCGCAGCAACGAGUCUUGACACAGUUCGCAGUAAUAACAUCCACAGGCUAACUAGCACUGAGUUUACCGUCUCACUCUGGUAUAUGAACGGACCUGGCACGCCCCGAAGCCCCCAGCUCACGUCGAGCGCACGGGUUUGCACUGAACGGUCUCAGCAGCAAGUGCACACAGCUAAGCCCAGAGUGGAAAACAUGUAUCAGUUUGUAACACUGUUUGAGGCUGUAAUGCCUCCGUAUAUAUGGCUGACGGUUAGCUUGCUCACCUAUAAAAGCCAAAUAGGCGGGAGAAGUCGAGAGCCUUUGUCCGUGUCCUAUAUCGUAGCUGUCCGAUACCUCAGACUUUUAAACACAACUCAGAGGCUGACGCGAACGAUUUUUCCGAGUCAAUUGCUCCUAAUUAUGGUCUAAAUAAUAUGACAUGAAUGCAGCAUAAUAAGGCGCUAGCUAAAUAGCUGCUGUUUAUCUAGCUAAUUUGAGGCUAGCUAGUGAUGCUAAUGAUAUGUGGAUAGGGUCCACAUCCUCAUACAUAAUAACUUUUAAAGUUAUCCAACCAUGCGGCCAGGUGAGUUGCAAGUUAAUGUGUGUAUUGUUAAUGCUGUUGUUAAUGUAGUUACCUAAAGUUCAGAACUUAGAAUAUUGCUGCAGUAGUUAGAUGAACUCAUUAACAUUAUUAAAGCAGAUUUUCUGGUGUUUUUAUAUGAACUACUUCCAUUGUUAAAUUAUAAGGUUUCAAGUUGUUGUUUUUUUAUUUUUUUUAAUUGAAAGAUGCCAUAUAGUAGAAUCUCAAAUGUGUCUCAAAUUUGGUACCUUUGGACACAGCAGGGCUGUUUCCAGUCUUUAUGCUAAGCUUAGCUAACCGUCUCUCUACCAUACAGAUAUGAGAGUGGUAUCGACCUCAUCAUCUCAGCCAGAAAGCAAAUAAGUGUAUAUACCAACGAUUUAUUUUCCCUGCUGCUGCAUUAUAAAUUUAAUCUUUGUGACACUGUAAUUGUGAGAUAAAUUCAAUACUUGUGAAUAAUAGCAUUCAUGAAAUGAAAAUUGUAAUUAUAGUUAAAUUACACAUUUAUCUACACGUGAUUGUCCUCAUAUUCAUCAAGUUGUCAUUUGAAGAUCUGAGAUGAAAUAAAAGUCUUUCUAUUCAUUUUAUCUGGCUGCAUGCAGCAUUUAUUUGUUCAUAUUUUAUAUGUCGAAGUACACUCACUUCUCAUAAGAAAUAGUACAAAAUGAAUCAACCCCUUUUUGACAAUGACUUAAAAACAUAAAGUGGAGGUAAACAUAAUAUGUAGGCUUUUGAUAACACCUAGACAACAUGCAUGUUCCAUUCAUAUAAAUACACAGUAUCAAAUAAUGGCUCCAACUUGCAAGCAGUUGACUUGAUUAUGUGUUUCUGUAGCCAUGGGAGAUCACACUAAAUGUCCUGCUAAAUGUACAAAAUCAUCGUUCUUGGCAAGCUUGUAUAUCAAAACAUGCUUUUUAGUGUUAACAUGCCCCUUGUGGUACUGUAAGUAUAGACAGUAGGAGAUCUUAAGUGAACUCUUUGUGGAGUGUGAUUUGUCUUAAGUGAGGACCUAGGACGAUAUUAAAUGAAUGGAUCUGAACACCGAUCAUGUCCUUCAUCGUGGUCGCUCACGCUUUCACUCCUCAGCUCUCCUGCCCUGUAAACUGACACUUCUGAGGGGGGCCAAUGAGCAAAGGUCAACAGUACAUUUCAAUGGGACUCUUUGCAAAAUACAUACACUGUUAAACAUAAAAAAAGCUUAUGCUGAUUCCUCAAAAUAACAAACAAAAACUCCCAACAUUGGCAGAUCUCAAAGAGAAAACAAUCCAUCUGAGAUUACUUCAUCAUUACUAUCACUUCAUAUUUCUUUGACAGAUAAAUAAGAAUGGCACUCACCAAAAUAAGCUUUUCAGACAUCUGCAAGAUAAAUCAAAACAACAUAACACAUGACAUGUUUACUGCACAUUUGACUGUCGCUGCUUCACAGGAAUGGUUUAAUACUGUCCACCUUGUACAAAUUCAGAUUAAAGGGUCGUGCUGUUAUGCUCUAGCCAUCCCCGCAGAGCUUAGUGCAAAAAUAGUUCAAGUCCUCUUUCACUUUUAUCACACGAGAGACCGAAACAAAAGAACAAAAUGGCAAACAAU